GUCGAAGUUGGUGAACGCAAGCGCCGGAAGGCUGUUUGGGCGUGUUGAUGCGGGCGCCUGUCCUCCAACACUCACCUCUGUACGGCCAUGUCCAAUAAACAGCGACUCGUUCUCUCUAUCAUCGACUUCCUCAACCAGUCUAUUGAGGACGGCACCGUCAAGCAAGACGAUCAGGAGAGUCUCGAGGUUGCAAUCCAAUGCAUCGGCGAGGCCUUCGCAGUCGAUCCCUCCGAUUCAGCACAGCGCGAGAAGCUGUCAAUACAGCCUGCGACACUCCAGAAUGUAUUCGAUGUCGUCUUGAAGACGAGGGAGAAGGUUGGUGCCGGCUCAGCGGCAGCUGCGCCCCCUACGCCAGCCGCACCAGCUGCUCCGACUGCAGAGGACAAGGCGAAUGCAGAGAAGCUGAAGGCCGAAGGCAAUGCAAAAAUGUCUGCUAAGCAAUACAGCGAAGCCAUUGACGCUUAUACGAAGGCUAUCGCGCUUGACCCGACAAAUGCCGUGUACUACUCGAAUCGCGCCGCAGCGUAUUCGAGCAAGGAACAGCACAGUGAGGCGACCCUUGAUGCGCAAAAGGCAAUCGAGGUCGACCCCAACUUCGUGAAGGCCUAUCAUCGACUUGGACACGCACAGUACUGUCUCGGCGACUACAACGAGGCCGCGGCUGCCUUCCGUCGUGGUGUGGAGCUUGACCCAUCCAACGCUUCACUCAAGUCCGGUCUCAAGAAUGCAGAGGCUCGUAUUGCACCCGAGGACGACUUGUCUUCCUCGCUGUCCGAACCCGAGGCAUCAGGCGGUAACGCCGACGCUGCAGGUGCCGGUUUGGGUGGAAUGGCUGACAUGCUGCGAAACUUGGGUGGUGGAGGCGGUGGCGGAAUGCCUGAUCUUGCCAACCUCAUGAACAAUCCAAUGAUGAUGCAGAUGGCCCAGCAGAUGAUGGGGAAUGGCGGCCUGGACAGAGUGAUGCAAAAUCCUGCCUUGGCCAACAUGAUGAACCGAGUACAGCAAGGUGGUGGUAUGCCCUCCAUGGCAGAGCUCAUGGCGGAUCCGACGAUGAGAGAUAUGGCCCAACAAUUCGGCGCGGGUGGCGCGCCAUGAUAUGUAUAGCUGAAGUGCGACUUGCUAGAGCUAUCAGGCCCGUGCUUGGAUGACCCUUGUCUUGGAUAAUGCAUCGGAUUGUGUUUCAGUGGUUGAAGGCAGACUAUUCAAUGGAUUGCUCCGUCUACCUCCAAUGACUGGCGCUCGCCUUUCUAUGUUGGCCAAUUGAAGAGAGAUUUGACAAUCAUGUUCGCAGACUUAGCUGUGGGACCUCCGCCGACAAAACAUGUGUGGGACAGCGAGAUUAGCCCUUCUUCCGGGGUCCAAGCUGUGUCUUCCGCUGUCAUCGAACUUCGCAGUAUUUAACAUCAACACACACUGCAACACUGCCUUUGUGACUCCG